AUGAACUGUGAUCCAGAACUCAAAAGAUUUUAUGACUUCUUUACAGAAAUUCCCAAAUGGUGGUUAGCAACUAUUUCUGAGAAUGCUGGUGUGGACGGUGAGAAAAAAGGAUUUAUAAAUAAAAUCUAUGCCAUUCAGGAAGUAUGUAUCAGUGUCCAGAACAUCCUAGAUGAAGUGGCUUCCUUUGGCGAGAGGAUAAAGAAUACUUUCAACUGGACUGUCCCAUUCUUAAGCUGGCUGGCCAUUGUAGCCCUCUGUGUACUCACAGUGAUCCUGUACUUCAUUCCACUGCGAUACAUUGUCCUUGUCUGGGGUAUUAAUAAAUUCACAAAAAAGCUUCGGAGUCCAUAUGCAAUUGAUAACAAUGAACUACUUGACUUCCUCUCCAGAGUCCCAUCAGAUGUACAAGUGGUGCAAUACCAAGAACUGAAACCAGAUCCUUCUCAUAGCCCAUGUAAAAGGAAGAAAAACAAUCUUGGCUAGUCAACUCCCACCACUGAGGAGACCAGCAUCUGUGUGAGAAGAUAAAAGAAAAACCUUCAGCCUCAGCAGCAUUUCCUUUCUUUCUGCUUUUUAUUUAUUUUUUGCCUCUUUAUCAUGAUGGAAAAAAAUUUGUAAAUAGUGUACAAAAGCGUAUGUUUUUGAAAAUAUACUUCCAUUGUACAGAAUCAAUUUGAUGAAGAUUUAGCUACUGCUGUAUGAAAGCCUCCUUAGCUGUGGAUAAUAAUGUAAGAUACGGGGACAGCAGAUGUAAGAAUAGAAACAUUGGGAGAUACUUCUCUAAUUACCAGUGGAGGAACCAGGAUAUUAGAUUAAAUGCUCAGGUGUGCUGGUUAAAUCUAUAUAAAAUGUAAAUGUCUAUUUGAUUUCAAGUUUUUUUUAUGUGACUAUUUUUUACCAAAAAAGUAAUCCAUUACAGUUUUCUAUGUUUUGUAUAUUUCAAAGGGUAAGGGAAGGGGAAUCCCAAACUCUGAAUAAUGGAACAGAUGCUUUUCAAUUUAACAUAAAUUCUAAAUUCAGAUUCUGACAUUCAUUCCUGUGCAAAUGACUUAGAUAUUUGAGACAGAAUUUAAGCUAAUGAGAAAAAGUACAUUUACCUUCUCAAGAGAAUUACCCACACUCUGAAAUCCUACAAGAAAAUGUUCAGCCCUUCUAUCAUUCCAUUUAAAACCUUUAAAGCUCUACAGGAUUACACAUAAAUACUGCCAGGUUUAUAGAUGAACUUUUAUAUAUACCAGUACUUUAAUUUACACCAAGUUGGAACAUUAACAGCCCAGUUCUGUUGUCAAAAAAUCUAACUAAAUCCAUGUUGCUUUUUGGUAUUAACUAAUUCUCUGUGCAUCUAAAAAUAUUUAACUUAAGUAUUCUCACAGGAAAAAAAAAGUUAUGCUUUUUCAUUAGGUUACUGAAUAUUUUAAUUCAUACUUUGAUAUGUGUUGUUAGUGUGCAUUUUAAUGUAGAGAAUGCUAAGUGACAUGUCAGUGUUUCAUUACAUUCAUUUGUGGCAAAAUAAUCAUUCUUCAUAAUAUGGAUGCAUGAAAACCUAUUUUGUAAAAUAAACUACUUAUGGGGAGGGGUAAUUUGCCUUUAAAAAUGUUUCACUACUUACUAUAGAAUCUAUACUUACAAAGUGCAUUUCCAAGACUCUGAAUGGUAGUUUUUGUACCUAAUUCCUUGGUAUAUUAAGGGAGUAUACCUCUGGAGAGAAAGAUAAUUGCUGAGAAUGUCUUACUUCCCUGACUUGGUAGGGGAUCAAACUUUGUUUGCAAUUGUCACAGACAAUGUUUUGCACUUCUUUAUUAAUACUAGGCCGGGACAAGGAUAAAAAAUGGUUUCUUGUGGGAAAUUAUCGAAAAGUCAGAAACAAGAAAUAUAUAUUUCACUGUAUGGAAAAUUCUUUAAAAGUCUUUAAAUUUCAUCAAAGCUGAUUUUAACGUAUUUUUAUUUUAAAGCUAUGUUGUUAAAUACUAUUUCUUAUGAUAGAAUUAUUUUGAUGUUUAUACACUAUGCUUGAAAGAAUGUCGAUUAAAUCCUUUCUAUAGAAAGGCUUUGAGCUCAAUAUGCUCGAUUUAGCCUAUCAUAUUUCUAACGACAUGCUUAUAUCCACAUAUCAUCACUGUUUGUUGCUAAGGCAUAAUAAUCCAUGAAGUUGAUGUUACUACAAAAAAGUUUAUUCGCAGAAUCAUUUGAAUUAUUUUUUUGUAUCUUGUAUGAGAUUUAUUUUCUGUGCCAGUGAUGUCUACUCAAAUGUCUACAGGCCUGACAUUCUGCAACCUCAGAUGUACCUAGUGGAUAGUAACCAUUAACAGAUGACUAAUUUCUGUUUCAUUCUAUCAAAUCCCAGAUGUUGAGUUCAGUGGUAAUGUUGACUAUACACUCACUGCAUUCAAUAAAAAUCUUUUCUAUGUAUAA